AUGCAAGCCGGAGCCACUGAUCUCCCCAGUGUCGCGGGGAUCUCGUCGCCAGGCUUCAAGCUCCAAAUGUCCAAAGGAGUUAAUGUCGCAUUUAUUCCUGGUGGCUUUCUGGAUGCAGUCGCCUUCGAGUUCGGAAAGGACGUUUGUGUCCUUCGCAACAAGAAGGGCUUCAUCAAGUACUGCCUGCAGUUCGGAUACCGCGCUCAUCCCUGCUACACUUUCGGAGAAUGCGAGACGUAUCAUACCUUCAGUGGCAUGAAGUCUCUGCGCAUGAAGAUCGCACUGUCUCAAGCAGCGAGUGUGCAGCAGAGAGGUCAGAGAGCAGCAGAGCCUGGCAGAGCCAUGAACCUGCGCCCUGUCUUGUUGGCGGCUUUAUGCGGCGCAGCCAGCGCUGCCGGCAACAGUCAGGAUCAUGAAAAGGCUGAUGAAACCGCAGUUUACAUCUACGACAAUCCACCUGUGCUUUUGCGCAUCUUCUGGAUAGUGGGGUCUAUCUGUGCAGUGCUGGCUGUUGGUGUUUCGAUGUACAACAUCAAGCAGCACGCUGCUUGUGCUCACUUGCAGGGCUUCGGACAAGACGAGCUUAUCUCUUCUUUUGGCGCACGCGCCAGUCGCAUAAUGAAGCUCCUGCUCAUGCCCUUGACGUUCGCCGUGACGGCCGCACUUCAGAUGUUCCUGCCGGGAGCAGCCGAGCUGCUGGCUCUGUUGCGCACAUGUCAGCUGGCGCUGUCGAUGAACGUGAUCAUCGAGUUGCUCUUCAUCCUGAACGGCAGCCAGAAACAGAUCGUUACGCAUUUACCGGAAGAGCCGAUUGCAGUCUUCGGAAAGCCACCGCUGUGCUGCAUUUUCGGCUGGGGCUGCUGUGCUCAGAAGGUUCAGCUGUGGCAUCUUCGCUUCUUCGUGUUUGGCUUGCAGCAAUUCAUGGUAAUCCUACCCGUGGUGGGCUUGAUUGACUCCUUCAACCAGUCGUACGCCGAGAGUAAUCUUUUUGCCACGACUGACAAGGCGUGUGGGAUCAUUGUAACUGUCAGCACCCUUUUCGGCAUGUGGAGCUUCAAGUGCCUGCUUCCACUCAUGACGGAUUCCAUCCGGACAAGCGCUGCUUCCCAAAGCAAGCUGGAUGCCAUGGAGCAGUUCCUCUUGCUGCAGAUGAUGUCUUCGAAGCUGAUGGACAAGCUCCUGCCCUUGCUUGUGAAGAACGAUUUGCAGGCAGAGGGCUGGACGAUGCCGAACGCACUCUUCCUGCAAGUUCUCACGGGUUUCCUCACGUGCAUUAUUCAGUUCUUGCUGGCAACACUGGGCCUCCGUGCCUACGAAGCCGGCGCAGGAUUGUAUCCGCCGGUGAACUUUGCCACUGACCUCCCGCCAGAUACUUUGGCAUUGCUUGAUAUGGAUGGGAUUGAUCCUGACAGGUGGGUUCGGUUGCAAGAGUUCAGGGCAGACAAGCCCUCGUCGAGCUCUGUGCCCUCUGCGCCGCUACUUCUUGGCCAUCUCUUGCCCAAGCAUGGUCCCUCGGAGAAGCCGAAAGCAAGCGAAAGCUCAUCAGCAGAUGCCAUGGAUAGCAGUGAGCAUGUGUGCGUCUAG